AUGAAGCUGCUGGCCUUUGGUCUCCUGAGCCUUUGUCUUCACGCCUGGAGCUCUGUGGUGACAUCUCCUCUGGGUGACACGGUGUCCCUGAACUGCUUGUACUCCACUAACAGCAGUAGUGACGACUCAUCGAUGUUCUGGUACAGGCAGCUCCCCGGCCGGCGCCUUGAGCCCAUACUGCAAUCCUUCAGCCCUGACGAUACGUUCAGCUAUUCUUACCUGAGGGCCGGAGAGCACUUUACAGUGGAAAAAAAUCACACCUUAGUCAUCCGAAAUGUCACCCGAGAAGACGCCGCCACUUAUUACUGCUCCAAGCUGGAAAAGGACGUGUGUCGCUUCGGCGACGGGAUCGAGCUGCGAGUGGACGGUACGAUGAAAGUUAAUGUAAACCACCAAGGUACGAUGAAAGUUAAUGUAAACCACCAAGUUUACUGUAGCAGUGGAAUUUUAAUUUGGGCGUCCACCAUCUUGGGGUUCCUGCUGGUCGUGAUGACGUCUGCUUUGACGUAUGUGGUGUGCAGGCUGAAGUCUAAAGUGAGACAGCAGGAAAGCGUCAAGAAUACGAGGAGGCAUUGCUUGGAAUUAGAGAUUCCACCUACCAAAGAAGAUCUGGAAGGAGAAUAUCAGUCGCUGUCCCACAAGGAUCAGGCCUUAUAUGAAGUGUGUGGCCGCUCCAAAGAGCAAGCAGGAAAUGAAGAAUGAAGGAGAGGAGAUGAAGAAGAACCAAUAAAAGGGGAAGAAGGCUGUUUACGCAAAACUGAAAUGCAUUUUGAUUUUUACAGUUUCAUAUUCUUUCAAAAUAAACUUAUAGGAGCGGACCACCUCCACCUGCACUCCCUGAAUGGUGACCUGACAUAUCGGCUCUUUGGUGCGGUGAAAGUCAGUCAGCAGUUUCUUGGUUUUGCUGAUUUUUGGGUUGCUGACAAUUCUCAUACUUCUCCCCCUGACUCCUCUCCCUCGUCUCAUCCCCCUUAUCAAUACCCUCAUAAGUUGUGAGUCACAUUUCAAAUCCUUUCAAAAUAAACUUGUUAAGCACACUGGGCACAUACCAACAAUGACAGGCGGAAAUUCUGAAAAGGUUAUACGGCAGGAGCUGGGUGGGCGCUAACGGAUUGCCUUAUUACCAGGGUGGGAUGUCACAGCCACAGAUUCGUAGUCAGGACUGAGUUGUCAUUCCCCAGGGUACUUGUGGGCAGCAGCGUGCGUUUAAAUCUUGGGCCCAGUUGCUGUCUGUUUAGAUGUUGUGAAUGAAGUUUAUUGUUCUUUCUUUAUGGCAUCUGUGUGUCAUUUCUGUGAUUUUUAUAUUCAGGGAAAUUAAUACUUUAGUCAUUUUCCUUAUUGGAGCCCUCGUUUAGAAGAUUCGCUUUAUUGGAUGUUUAUUUGAGAUGCCAUUUUGUUUUGUUCCCUCUUUGUUUCUGAUCGCUCUAACAUUUUAGGAGAGUCGCUCA